AUGGCUUCGAACUGCAUUGUCCCCAUCGGCAGCUGCCAUCAGCACUUUGGCUCAUCCUCAUCGGUAUUCAAGAUCGUGAGCACUAUGUUCACGCGCGCUCUUCAGUUUGAAGACCAGCGCCAGCAACCCGUUCGUCGCAUUGGCGAUCCUCAGCAGCAGCAGUCCUACCACGCUGCUCCUCAUGACGACGAGAACCAUGAUUACUUUGACGAAGAUCACACCUUCUUCCACGAGAAUCGUGGCGGCCGUUACCGUCAUGAUCACUACCGUCAGACCAGCCCGAUUUGCAACCUCAUCACGACUGACGACAGUCAUGACUUGAUGGCUUGUGCCCAGACCGCUCCUGGAAAGACCAGUGGUUUCUUGUUCCCCAUCCCCGCUCAGGCCUUCGUCAACGGCCGCUCCACCGCUCUCGUCCAGACCGGCAUGGCUCACCAGCGCGAGGUUUACCCUACCUCGCUCAUUCUUGCCCCCACUCGUGAGCUCCUUGGACAGAUCUACGAAGAAUCCCGCAAGCUCUCGUACCGCUCAUAA